AUGUCCGUCCCCCAGGCAGCGGCUCCGGCCAGGAGUCGCGGGUUUAGCGUGAAAUCAGAGGCUUCCCGCAAGUCGAAGGACUCCGGGCACAAGAGCCACCUCUCGGAAAGUUCCCAGGAAAAGGCCCGUCGCAGUCUACAAACCAAGGCCGAUCCAACCGUCGCCAUGUACGAACUACAGCCCUCCGAGCAAGCGUUGGAAAAGUCCAAUCUGGGCUCCUUGCGAUCAUUGCGCCAUAAGGAUCAGUAUGGAAAUGUUAUCGAGGAUCCCGACAAGUCAAACCCCACACGCCCACGUUUGGAACGCCCCCUUGAUACCAUCCGAUCGUUCGAGGCUGCCAUUUAUGGUACAUACAGCAGUCAGCGCCCCACUUCAUAUGCUCGCACGGAAGACGGAGCAUCGCAAAUGGGCGAUUUCAGCCGACGUACAAGCUAUUAUGGUUCAAACAACUACCACAACCGCGGACACAGCGAACAAAAUGGAUACUAUGGACGACCGUCGCGCCCAGACGCCGACGGGUAUCAGAACGGUGGACCAAGCCAAGGACAGGAGAACCACUACCCCUACGGCAAUCGGCGCCCGCGCCAGCAGCCACGCAUGCCGAGCGAGCAAGGUGUGUACGGGAACAACGUCCCAUAUGGCCCUCCGACACCAAACAACUUCCAGCAGUCGUAUGACAACGUCACUGCGCUAUCGGGCUCGGGCUCGGGUUCCAACAACACCGAUCCGUACGGUAAUUCGACCGAUCCCAGUUCCCUCAAUAGCUCCAUGGACCAGCUGCAGCAGCAGGCUCUGCAGCAGCAACGGAUGGAGCAGCGUGCGCAGGCUGAAUACGGAUUCCAAGGCUUUGGCAGCGGGCCCAACCUCAAUAAUAACGGGUACCCUGCCUCGCCCGUGGCAAUGGACCAAGGCAUCGCGCAGAAGCCCGUAAUGACUGCUCAACCGUCGCCAUCACCUGCGACGAGCCGGUUGCGCAAGAAUACCAAUGAGACGAACGUUGCCCCGCCCGAGAAGCGAAAGAGCUGGUUGAAGCGUCGUUUCAGCAAAGACUAG